AUGCCUGAAGCAAACCUGCCUGCAGAGCCUAAUCUGCGAGUGACAAUUAUUGCGGCUGACGGCCUGUACAAAAGAGAUGUCUUCCGCUUUCCCGACCCAUUCGCUGUUGCGACCAUCUCCGGGGAACAAACGAGGACAACCUCCGUCAUCAGAAAGACCUUGAAUCCUUAUUGGAAUGAAGCGUUUGAUAUGAGAGUGACAGAAGACAGCAUUUUGGCAAUCCAGAUCUUCGACCAGAAGAAGUUCAAGAAGAAGGACCAAGGCUUCCUUGGUGUCAUCAAUAUCCGCAUCGGCGAUGUCAUCGACCUGGACAUGGGCGCAGACGAAAUGCUUACCAAGGAUCUUAAGAAGAGCACCGAUAACCUUGUCGUCCACGGAAAAUUGAUCGUCAAUCUCUCUACGAACCUCUCAACACCUCCGCCUCAACAGAAUCGACCCGCUCCGAGCACCGCGCCAAGUGUAAAUGGGGCCUCGAGUCUCCAUGCCGGCAGCAGUACCAAUGUUAAUCAAGCACUCCCCGUCCGAGCCAGAAGUCCCGCAUCCCGGACGGCGACGUCAGGCUCUGGAGAGGCAAGGUCUUCGACCGCGGCGGUUAAUCCACCCAAUGCGCCAUCACAACCGAACGGCACCACCAGUGGUGGGAGAUCUGGCGGGUUCAGCUCCUUCGAGGACAGUCAGGGACGGCUACCUGCGGGCUGGGAACGUAGAGAAGACAACCUUGGCAGGACUUACUACGUCGAUCACAACACGAGGACCACGACAUGGACGAGGCCUUCAAAUCAUAUGAGCGAGUUGGAGGCACGCAACCGCGCCGAAGCGAAUAUGCAAAUGGAGCGGACUCGCCACCAGAACCGCAUGCUUCCCGAGGAUCGAACGGGCGCCAACUCGCCCAACUUGCAGGAUUCUCGAGGAUCGCCCCAGCCACCGAACGCAGUCUCAAUGAUGGCUACAGGAGCAACGACUGCCGGAACUGGCGAACUUCCUGCUGGGUGGGAGCAGAGACAUACCCCUGAAGGUCGCGCUUAUUUUGUCGACCACAACACCCGCACCACGACUUGGGUGGACCCCAGAAGACAGCAGUAUAUUAGAAUGUACGGCAACAAUCCUGCCGGGAACAACACUACCAUCCAACAACAGCCGGUCUCACAACUGGGACCCUUGCCCAGCGGAUGGGAAAUGCGACUCACCAACACUGCCCGCGUGUAUUUCGUCGACCAUAACACAAAGACCACCACUUGGGAUGAUCCACGACUGCCAUCCUCACUGGAUCAGGGCGUGCCGCAGUAUAAGCGUGAUUUCAGACGGAAAUUGAUCUAUUUCCGCUCGCAACCAGCAUUGCGGAUCCUGUCUGGCCAGUGCCACAUCAAAGUACGCCGUGGUGCGAUCUUCGAAGACUCGUACGCCGAAAUCAUGCGACAGAGCGCGACCGACCUGAAGAAGCGCCUGAUGAUCAAGUUCGACGGGGAGGAUGGUCUCGACUACGGAGGUCUUUCCCGUGAAUUUUUCUUCUUGCUCUCACACGAAAUGUUCAACCCUUUCUACUGUUUGUUCGAAUACUCAGCACACGACAACUAUACCCUGCAGAUUAACCCCCACUCUGGCAUCAAUCCGGAGCAUCUGAACUAUUUCAAAUUCAUCGGACGAGUGGUCGGCCUGGCAAUCUUCCAUCGUCGUUUCUUGGACUCCUUCUUCAUUGGCGCGUUCUACAAGAUGAUGCUGCGAAAGAAAGUGACGAUCAACGAUAUGGAAGGUGUUGACGAGGAAUAUCAUAAGAACUUGACUUGGAUGCUGGACAAUGAUAUUACCGACGUCCUUGACCAGACCUUUUCUAUUGAAGAUGAACAAUUUGGUGAGACAAAGACGAUAGAUCUCAAGCCUGGCGGGCGAGACAUUCCUGUCACGAAUGAGAAUAAGAGAGAAUAUGUCGAACUUCUCACGGAAUGGAAGAUCCAGAAACGCGUCGAAGAACAGUUCAACGCUUUUAUCACAGGCUUCAACGAACUCAUCCCUGCUGAUCUGGUCAAUGUCUUCGACGAGCGUGAGCUCGAGCUUUUGAUUGGCGGUAUCGCUGAUAUCGAUGUCGAUGACUGGAAGAAGCACACCGACUACCGCGGGUACCAAGAACAAGAUGAGGUCAUCCAAAACUUCUGGAAAGUCAUCAGGUCGUGGGACGCAGAGCAGAAAUCGCGCUUGUUGCAGUUCGCUACUGGAACAAGCCGUAUUCCUGUUAAUGGAUUCAAGGAUUUGCAAGGUAGCGACGGUCCGAGAAGAUUCACGAUCGAGAAAGCUGGAGAGAUAAAUGCUCUACCCAAGAGUCAUACCUGCUUUAACCGUCUUGACCUUCCGCCCUACAAGACAUACGAAGCGCUAAACGGCAAGCUUUCGACAGCCGUCGAGGAGACAUUGGGCUUUGGUCAAGAAUAG